AUUCUGACACUUCUAACUGCUCGCUGCUCGUCUGGUUGAAGCAUGGCGCGUUACGAAGAAAUACACGUGCGUGGCUACGCCGAGUUCUGCCAGGCAGUGUCGGAGAGGAAAGGCAAAGACUUGUUUGCAUAUUUCUGUGGCGAUAAAGACGCAGAGGGGACGAGCUGGUGUCCAGAUUGUGUGCGAGCUGAGCCCAUUUUAAAAGGAGAAAUGGGUCACCUGCCCGAGGGCUCCGUCUUCAUUUACUGUCAAGUGGGUGAAAGGAACUAUUGGAAGGAUCCAAGUAAUGACUUUAAGAGGACGCUGAAGCUGACUGGGGUGCCCACCCUCCUGCGAUACGGCACACCUCAGAAGCUGGUGGAGGAGGAAUGCUUCAAAGCCGAGCUGAUAAGGAUGAUGUUCACUGAAGACUGAAAGAACAUCAAGUUCAUCCUAAUAAGUCCAGAACAUUUGCUUUGUGCACUCAUUUCAUCAUUUUAAAACAUAUGAUCAACUAUAUGAUCAAAUAUAAGCACUUCAUUUUGUAUUGUAAUCUCAUCUUUGCUGAUUCCUUGCACAAGCUUUAAUAAAGUUGUUCUUGUACCUGCCAUGGUUUGCAGUGAGCACUA